AUGGUUGCUGUGCAGGGAGCUGUGUGCCAGGCGUUUGCUUCUCUGACCUCAGGAUCAGACGGACUGUUUAAGUACCUGAUGUACCCAGGACAUGGCCUUGUACAAAAGGUUGUCUCGUUCCUGUCGAAGGCUUCAGAUCACUCAGUUUCUGAAGGAGUUCUGUCUCUUAUUGCAGCUCUUAGUCAACAUGAUAGUGGUCAUGAUGAUUUCAAGAAAGAAUCAUUAAUGGAACCCAUUGUUAAGAAUCUCCAGAAAACUGAUUGUCCUAAGUGUAUUGCGUUUUGUGUACAGCAAUGUGACCAUUUUGCCUCAACCCGUCGUAAACACAAGACCUUCCUCAUAGAGCACCACAUGAUAACCAUUCUCAACAGAAUCUUAGACCUAGAGAUGCCUCCUGCAACAAAACAGCUUUGUAAAGACCUUAAGACUUCCCUUGAUUUCAAGGUCCCUUCUGAGCCGAUCAGAGGGCUUCUCUUGAAACCAGGAAUGCAAGAUAUGGGUCCUAUGUCAGACAGUUUGGUUGCUCCGGCGGUCCGCUGGAAUCAAAACUCUUUCGUAAUGUUGCUGGUGAUAAAGGUGUGUGAUGUCAACCCUGCAGCCAAUGACCUUGUCACCUUCACUGAGGAUACGGUCUCAUUCAGGGCCCUAUCCAGGGGUGUCAACUACGGGUUCACCUACCGGCUGUAUGACCGAGUGUGUGUUGAAUAG